AUGUUUGGAGAAUCACUGGAGGAAGUGUAUGAUGGUGUGGGGGCCUGUUCCUCCCAAGACGGCUCGACCUUCCUGGAUUUAUUUGACGCUGAUGAAUAUGCAGAAUGCAGGGUAGACAACCUCUACUAUCCGUUCACAUCCAAAGAAGAGUGGGAAGUUGCUGAUUAUCUCCUGCACUCGUCCCUCAGCAUGGCAGCAAUAGAUGAAUUUUUGAAGCUCUCAAUGAUCCAAAGAUUGCAUCUUUCAUUCAAAAACACCAAAGAACUACGAAGCCGUGCUGAAAUGCUCCCUAGUGGACCAAGUUGGAAAUGCCAGACUAUCUCCUCCAUCCAUCCUACCAAGUAUCCAAUCCGACUCUUUUGGAGGGACCCCGUGGAAUGCUUGGAGAGCCUUUUCAGCAAUCCAUUGUUUCACGACAAGCUUGAUUUCAUCCCUCGCCGUGUUUACAAAACAGCAGAGCAGCUUUUGCAUGUAUAUUCGGAAUGGUUAACAGGAGAUUCCGCUUGGGAAAUGCAAACACGACUUCCCAGAGGUGCUACAGUUCUCAGCACUGUUCUUUCGUCUGACAAAACCAACAUCACCACCAUGACUGGUGCCAGGGUUGCCCACCCUCUUCUUCUAGGCCUCUCCAAUAUCUGCAUAAAGACCUCUCCUUUCACCAUGGCCUCAUAUUUGCAGUUUGGGGAUAAUUUCUGGCACCCUGCUCGUACGUGCUCCAUCACUCUUGGACAGCUCGCUGGUAUCAUGGUCAAUCCUGAUGACCUGGAGGCUUAUUUUGAGGCUUGUGCUGACUCGCGGCUGAACGGCGUCCAUGCACCAUUCUGGAUGGAUUGGCCGCUCGCAGAUCCCUCCAUUUUUCUGACGCCAGAAUCAUUGCACCAUUGGCACAAAGAAUUUUACGACCACGAUCUUCAGUGGUGUAUCGUGGUCAUUGGAGCUCAGGAACUAGAUUUUCGAUUCUCGAUAUUACAGCCGACUACUGGUAGGGGCCAUCGUGAUAUUCAGUGCUAUAUCAUUGGCCUAAUAUCCGGUGCAGCCCCUCGUCAUUUUGUCAUCGCAAUCUGUGUGCUCAUGGAUCUUCGUUACCUAGCGCAGUGUCCUGCACCUGAUGACAAUAUCUUGGCGUGUAUCAACCAAUCUUUGUCGACCUUUCACAAACACAAAGACGUUAUCUUGACCUUAGGCGCGCGGAUGGGCACAAAGAAACCUAUUGAAAAUUGGCAUAUUCCUAAGCUUGAGCUCCUACAGAGCAUCACUUCCAGCACGCACAAAGUCGGCGCCCUCAUACAGUGGUCUGCAGAUGCUACCGAGCAUGCACACAUUUCCGAAAUCAAGGAACCCGCACGGCAAACGAAUAACAAUGAUUAUGACCCACAGAUCUGUCGUCAUCUUGAUCAGGAGGAGAAGUUGCGACAUUUCGCAAUUGCCACAUUGCUCAAGAACCAUCCCGCAUCCCAUGAUCCCAAUUUAGGGCCAAAGACAUUCUUGAAGAGGACGACCUGGACGAUGGAGAUGAACAGGAAACGAACAAUCCGCGAACAGCACUGCUCGAGGACAUGA